AUGUUGGUCCCUCCCGUGGCCCAAAGUGGGACUGGGGAUCGUCCCGUGGGCGACACGGGUGCCCGGGCCCAACAAACGUCCGGCCCUGCCGCGGCAGCAACCCUAUGGCCCUUAGCACCUGCGCAGUCCAAUCAGGUACCGAAUCAGCAGUCUCAGGGCAUUCCACCCCUGGCCGCCACCCCUGCACCGACUCACAAUCAAGGUGUGAGUCGUUACGGGCUGUACUCGUUAUUCCCUGGGGGCGGCGGGGGCAGUUACGUCGCGGCCACUCCCGCCACCCCUGGACCACCCACGCCUGCACGAGCUUAUCACGCGACAACACACAAGGAGAGCGUGUUUUCCGCGGCCGUCGGGGUCGGGGUGGGUGGCUACACCUGGGGUGCUCCCACGCCACCCCCUGGCUCACCCUACAGUCCCGUUCCCGUGACGCAGCUCGAACUGCUGGCCAAGAAUUUGGCUAGUUUGGCUCCUCCUGGUCAACAGGCGCUCAGCCUCCAAGGUGUCGGUGUGAACGUGGGCAGCCUGCACCACGCGCAACACACACAGCACACCCAGCACACUCAACACACCCUCAACCUGACUGGUCUUCAUCAUCUUCAUCAUGGAGGCCUGCACCAGAACACCUUUUCCCCGCAACUAUCCCUGGUGACCGGGAACGCGCCCACGCUGACGAUCAACAGCUUCUCGUCGCCGAAUUCGACAGGCAGCGUGGUACCGACGACAGGAGUGUUGCUCCAGGAGUAUCAGUCGCCGACAGGUUCGACUACCGGAUGCUCGGUCACCGUGAACGGCAGCUCGUGCCCUACGAGCUCCACCACGAGCACGAUGGUGGUGCAGGGAGGCCAGGCCGGCAACCAGGUCGUCCAGGCCACCGGCAAGAAACGGGAGGCCUUCCUACCGAGUCAAGGUCAGCCGGUGAAACUGGAGAACAAAUCGACCAGGCAGCCCUGUGUUUGCAGAAACAGCAACGGAAAGACAAAAGCGGUGCAUUCGGAUGCAGGCUGCAGCAGGACGUUACCCGUCGCCUCGUCCUGGAACGGACAGGAUACGAAUUGCAAUGGCAAUAACAAUGGCGGCAACAAUUUGGUUAAGAGGGAACCUCUGGCCUCGGUUCCCUGUCAGGUCGCCGAAGUCUCCACGUCCCUUCAUGCGACCACCACGUCCGUGAAGAUCGAGCCUGUUCCACCGAAGUCGGAAAAUGGGAUCGUGGUGUCGAAUGCAGGAGCCGGUGGCGUGCCGGUCGGGAUCGCGGUGGCCAGGCAGAGAUUGCAGCACCAGGAAACAUCCACUUCGAUGCGCAAUGUUUCCCUGAGUCAUCACACCUCGCAUCACGCGAGCUAUCAUCACUUCCAGCCCGACAAUCUGGGUUCAAGCACAGCCAUGGCAGUAGGCGGUGCGACCCUGGUGCAUUGCGGAGGACCUGGAGGGGAGGACCGACCGGCCCACCUUGCCAUUCCCUCGGGAGCCCUGGCACCCUCGUUGAACGCCGCUCUUGGCUCCAGCCUGAAUUCCAGCCUGAAUUCCAGCCUAAAUUCCACGCUGGGUAGCAUCGGAGCCGCGGCCAGCGCGGCAACCGCCGCCACUGCCGCGGCCACAGCCGCAUGGCCGCCAACCUUAUGGCAGUACCCCGCGGCGGCCGCGGCUGCUGCAGCUGCAGCUGCAGCGAUGCCAAUGGAACCAGUCGGUUUUCCUCAAAUGGGUGUCGGUCUUCAAGGUGGUCUCCAAUUGGUCAGAGACCCCACGACAGGUCACCUUCUUCUCAUCCAUGCUGCUGAACAAAUGCAACAGGCCGUGGUGUGGCCAAAUUACUCGAAUCAUAAUAACGGAAACGUCGCGCCGCCGCCUCUUCUGCUUCCGCCUCCACCGCCGUCUCUUCAGCUUCUCAGCGACAUAGGUGGCGCCAGGCUCGUCCUCACUGAAAGUAAAAGGAAGCAGCAGAGCACUCUGCCUAUCGUGAAGAUAGAGGCAGACUGCGGUAAUAGUCCCACGACCAUAAUCACGUCAACGGAGUCGACGAAGGCGUUGCAGACCGUGACUUCGAUGACAGGGACCCUCGUACCGGAUGCACCCCUGGUGACCACCCUGCACUAUUACCCUCAUGCUCCUGCCCUGGUCCAAAUCAGCCAGGCCGAGCCAACGCACUGCAGAUCACAGGCGACCUCGCCGGUCUCGUGUCUGACGCCGCCGCCCGAGGUGACGACGAUCCACGCGAUCGAGCCACCGGAAGUGGCGCCUAUAGUUGGCGUGCAGGACGCGUCGAACCAGACGGACGCACCGGAACCGGAGGAUCAAGAGCAGCCGCUGGCCGAGGCGUGCGUGAAGCAGGAGCAAAGUUUGAGCCCCUGUCAGCUGCAGAACUCGGCCAACCUGACCACCACCACGACCAACCUGACGAAUUUAACCAACUUCGAGAUCGUAGCCGCAUCGCCCGAGAAGGUGUGCAACGUCGUGCGAAUAACCACGACCACCACCACGGUGAACCCGGCCGUGUGCAGUAUCGUGGGCAAGGUAGAUAAGGCCGAGAACACGAUCAUCAAUAUGGCCGACUGUCCCAAGUACUCGAUCACGAAGGAAUGCAGGAGCGUGACGUCGAUAGACAGGACGAUCGAGCACGUGGUCACCAGGCAGAUCGAUAGGGAGCACGACGACAGGAGUCACGGCGAGGAAGAAGAUGACGAGUCGUUCGGGGAUGACAGGAUACCGUGCAGGGACAUCAGGAGCGGGCCGAGGAUUAUUGAAAUCACCGAGGAGAAUUGCGAUAGUUUUCACGAGAACUUGGAGUUCUUUGGGAGGAGGAGGGAAGAUAGACACAGAGAUAGGAAGAAGAAUUAUGUCGCGGAGACUGCUGGUGCUGAGCAAGAGGAAGAGACUGAUACGAAGGCUGUUGAGAAGUGCGAGGCCGAAGUAGCCAAAGCAGAAGACAUGCCAGUGACAGAGUUACCCAGACAUACGAGUUCUAUCACCGAGAGUUCAGAAAUCGACCAGGUCCCAAAGCCAUCGGAGGAGAUUCGCACAGAAUCGAAAGUAGAAGUGGAUUCCAACUGCGAGAGCUGCGAGAAAAAUCGCGACGAUCGUCCUCAGGCUCCGCCACCGCGUCCACAGAUCACGGUGAAAUCGUUCGACAUGCCCAACAUCGACUGCGACGAACAGGUGGCGGAGCCAAUAGUGAUCAAGCAAGAAGCGGAUGAAACAGCGUUCGAGGAUUGCUCGUACAGAUGCGAACCAACGUCGACGACAGAGAAGUCCAAGUGUCAGGACUCGUCCAAAAGGCACCCCGUGGAGAAGUCUCAUCCCGGCAUCGAAAACGUGGUGGAGAAGCUAAAGAAGAACGCAGCGGCUGCUUUGCAGGAGACAGCGCCCCAGAAGAUGGACGAUCCUAAGGAUAAGAACACGGAGAACCUUCGUUCCCGGAAGCACUCGGAGAUUGUGCCGAGAAAACUGGAGAACGGUCUGAAGAAGCACAUCCUGAGGUCCUGCGAGAACUCACAGUUCCUGGAGAAACAUGAGAUAGCCAGGGAGCCCGAGGUGUCAUCGUCGGAAACAACGAGGAUUGUCAAGGACUCUCAGGAUGUUUCGAAAUAUUUGACAACGACGGAGCAUCCCUGCGAUUCUCCCACGAACAAGCACCCUUUGCCCAGGAAUUACUUCCUGAACGAUAACAACAACGACACUAGAAGUAGCAACAACAACAUUAAGCUAAUCGACGACAAGCAACCUGUCGUAAAGAAGGAGAAAGUUUCCUCUCUCGAGGUCUGCGAGGUGAUGGAGAUGAAGUGUACUGACAGCGACGUGGUCACUCCUAAGAAACACCGAAAAGUGGAAGCUCCAGAGGAUUCUUCGUUUGCCUUGACGCCAGACAAUCAAACAGCCAAGCCUAGAGCACCUACUCUUAAUUCGAAGCAGAAGCCCACGGUUGACAUCAGUGGACUGGAGUUGUUAUCAAACAGCAUCGAGCAGCUGGAACACUUGAAACCUGAUAAUCAGAACAUCAGUGCAACCUCCGAGGUAGAGAAAUCACCUAUCAGGUCUAAGCUGAUCUCCCCACAGGGGGAGAAUAAUAACAACAACGUGGACAGCCCUCUGGGAUUAUUAUGCGCUCUGGCAGAACAGAGAUUUAUGGAGGAAGUGGGAGACAAGGUUCCGCGAAAGUUAAAUCUCGAGAGCUCCGAGGAAAUAUCGCACGCUGGUAGGUUAUUGUUGAACCUGGGGAGAGUGAACGUCCCAGAGAAAGAGACGAAGACGACUGACAAGAGGAAGUACGCUGAUCUAGAAAAUUACGAGAAUCCCAAGAGGUUCAAGACAGACGGUGUGUACGAGAAUGAAGAGUCGAAGUGCAAUUCGUUGCAUUAUCGCGAGAAUAGCAAUGCCAAUAGACAAUACGAAGAGAGGGUGCAGGAAGACGCGGUGUAUAGGGUGAAGGAGAAGUCGAGGAGAAGUAUAGACUUCUCCGAGCAGAAUGGCGUUAGUACGGAUGACGAUGAGCUUGCUAUGCUGAAAGACGCUCCUCUGGGCAAGAGUAGCCCUUACAAGGACUUGGACUAUGGAAGAAACGAAACUUUCGAGGAUUACGAACGACAUUAUGACGAGUACCAGGUGAAUGGGGCGUAUGGGAACAAAGAGUCCGUUGAUGGCAAUUUGUCGGACUCUGACACGGGGAUAAACGAAACUUUCGAGGAUUACGAACGACAUUAUGACGAGUACCAGGUGAAUGGGGCGUAUGGGAACAAAGAGUCCGUUGAUGGCAAUUUGUCGGACUCUGACACGGGGAUGAAUGAUCGAAAGAUGUCUACGGAUAACAGAAUACGUGACGGGGUUAGCAGAGACAUUAAGAGACGGUUCUCCGUUGGAGAACACCGGGACUGUCACGAUUAUAGAAACUUACAAGCGAAACUGGAUGCAAAGAAGUUCAUUGCUAGGAAAGGGCACAUAGACAACGAGGCAGACUGGCCAAAUAUGGACGCUAUGGAGCUUGAUAUGAGAGUCAGAUUGGCUGAUAUUCAGAGACAGUAUAGGGAGAAACAGAAGGAGCUGUCUAAGUUAACUCCGAAGAAGGACGAGAAGAAGAGUCCUGGUAGGCCACGAAAGAAAAGCCAUUCUUCUAGUUCGGAUCAUGGACCACUUGCUUCACCACCGAUGUUGGAACCGAUGUCCUCGCCACACAAAUCUCCACCACAAUCCCCGGAUGGAGCACCGCCACCAUUAACUUCGACUGUGCUAGCUAUGCCAAGAUGUAACGUAAAUUUGGUGAAACUGGGUGAACAGAGGAGUCACAUUAAACUGUUGGACAGUAUACCAAGCAUUCCGAUGCCCGUUCCACCAGUUGCCUCGCCAAUCACCGUGCUGCCAUCGAGCAAAUCGCCGCAGGACGACGAUGAAAAGAGCACUGGAAGGCUUGGCUAUGACACAUCAUCUCCGGCACCUACAAUCGCAAGUUCCAGUUCAGCAUCGAAGAAACGGAAGGUUGGUCGACCCAGGAAGUUAAUGUGUACAUCCGGAAGUGUCAGACAUCUUACGGAAACGAUAGUUGCUAAGAAACCUAAGAGCAAAAGCUCUCUUGUGGGUUAUCUUUUAUCUUCGAAGAACAGACAUCUUCAAACAAAAUAUGUGGGCAAAUCUGGUUACACUCCAUUACCGUUUAAGACUGCGCUAUCUUCCAUGAAAUCCUCUUCCAAGAGCCACAAAUCGGCAAAGUCAAAAUCGAAACCUGCAAAACAGACACCUUUACACAAUAAGAAUGUUAUCAGCUCGAUCAUCGCGGAGAAGGCAAAAUUGAGUCAAGAAGUAAAAUUGGACAAGCAAAGUAAGAUGAAGCCAAAACUGAAGGCUGAGGCAAAAGUAAAGACUUGGGAGGAUGAUGAAUCUAGCAGUGUCACGGAGAACAUGUUGCCGGAAUCCACCGUGGAAGAACCAGUUAAGGAAAUCCCAGUAGAUACUACCGAACCGGUAGAGAAAGAGCCAGAAAAAAUCAGACACGAGAAGUCGAAGAAAAAGAAACGAAAAUCCAGUUCGUCAUCACCGUCGAGGCACAAGUCCAGCGAUAGGGAUAAAAAGGAGUCGAAACGCCGGAAAUCUCUCGAGUGUAAAGAGUGUAAGGAAUGCGCGAAGGCCGCUCGAGCCGAGAAGACGGAGAUCGUGAACAAAUGCAAAUUAACGUCGGCACACUUGGCCAUAGACCAGCUGAGGGUCUUAACUGCGAUGGGCGGUCUAUUUUACGCCGGAAGACUCAGCGCAGUUCAGGCGCCUGACGUUUAUGCGAUCACGCUGGACGGCGAACGGGGCAACAGGCCUCACAUCCAUUCCAGAGAGGAGAUUCUACGAGACGCGAUCGUGGAAGUCUGUCCCACUUCGACGAAAGAGCUACCGCCUGGCACGAGAUUAUGCGCUUACUGGAGCCAACAAUAUCGUUGCUUGUACCCGGGCACCUCGGUCGAACCGUCGGAACCCGAUCCGGAACUUGAUGAAAAAUUUGUUAGCGUAGAAUUUGAUGACGGGGAUAGUGGGAGAAUUGCUCUGGAUGAUAUUAGGCUACUGCAGCCUGACUACCCAGUCGUUGAAUACGAUCCAAAUCCAUUAUUGUCACUGGGAAAACGUCGACGACAAACAUCAGUUUCAACGGAGGAUAAACGAUCCUCUAGUAAUAGUCAACCAUCUACUUCCACGAAUGCGAAUAAUGUAAUGCCUGCUGUUACAUCCACCACCAGUUGCUACGUUUCGUCGUCUGACGCACAGUCGCUGGAACGACACAAGUCAGACGACAUGGAUGCAAAAGACUUGGAAGAAUAUCGCGAAAGAAAACGAAUGAAGAAGAGAAGAAGAGACAAAUUGAAAAGAUUACAAGAGGCUCAAGAGGGAAAGAAGAAACACAAAAGGCACAAAUGUUGCGAGGAACACAGGAAACACAAGCACAGGAAACAUCGUAAACAUAAACAUCGACAUAGCCAUCACAGUAGUCACAGCGAAGGGAGUCAUAUUAGCAGUGGGGAAAGUUGUUGUGGCCAGAAAAGUGAAGAGGAACUGCCUAAGGAAACGGUGGUCAAAAUGGACGAGGAGGAAAUUGAAGAAGAACCAGUUAGUCAAGAGGAAGUUGUACCAGAACCGAUCAAAGAACCCGUUCGCGAAGAGAAGCCGGAGAAGCCCAAGAAAGCGGACAAGAAGUCGAAAAUGCGUGAACGACAAGAAUCGGUGGAGAGUCGAAGCAAGAUGGCAGCUUUCUUGCCAGCAAGACAAUUAUGGGGCUGGGCUGGAAAGGGUUACAGACGACCCGGUGCCAAAGGAAGGGCUAAAAAGCAAUUCUUCCGGGCUAUUCAACGAGGAAGCGAGACAAUCCAGAUCGGUGACAGCGCAGUCUUUUUAUCAACUGGCAGACCUGAUAGACCUUACAUUGGCCGCAUUGAAUCCAUGUGGGAAACUUCAAGCUCCAAUAUGAUCGUGAAAGUGAAAUGGUUCUAUCAUCCCGAGGAGACUGUAGGAUGUCCAAAGAAUUUGAAAUAUCCGGGUGCUCUGUUCGAGUCCCCUCACAUGGACGAGAAUGAUGUGCAAACGAUUUCUCACAAAUGCGAGGUGCUGCCACUUCAGGAAUACACGGACAAGCUGGGCAAAGAACCACACAGAUACCUCACCAUCUACGACAACAACGACAUAUACUAUCUGGCCGGAUACUACGACCCCACCACGUACCUGUUGACCAUGCAGCCAGGGGUUGUUUGAGAACAGCUUAAGCUGACGAUUAAGUUAACGGGUGUUACUUAAUUGUCGUCAGCCAAUGAAAUAUUGCGAAAUUAAACGAAACGCCGUGGCCGUUGUUGCCACGAUUGAAGUUGUGACGUUUUCCAGCUAAAGGCUCUAGGACGAGCUGUAAAAGAAUCGAGAUUAUCGAGCAAUCUUGAUGGACACGGACGAACGAAUCGAACGUUCGUCGAUCAGAGACAUUAGAGUUUAUAGUGUGAAAACUUACCGCGAACCUCUAACAAGCAGUUUUGAAUUUUACCUCGAUGAUGCGAUCGAUGACACAUCAUUCACAUUUCUAGGCUUUCGAGAGGCAUUCAGAGUCACCACAAGG